AUGAAAGCAUCAAAAUCGAGUGCAAUGCUGCUUGCAAGUGUUUUACUGAUUUUAAAUGGAUUUCUCAUCAGAAGCACGCACAGCGAAGAAGAAGAAAUUGCUGAGGAAAACAAUGCAUAUUUUCUGGACAGAGAUUUGCCCAAGUUUGGUGAGCCUAUUCAAAAUCUAACGGUGGCACUAGGGCGUGAAGCGGUUUUGAUCUGCGUGAUUGAUAAUCUCCAAACGUACAAGGUCGCUUGGCUAAGAGUCGACACCCAGACGAUUCUGACGAUACAGACGCAUGUGAUCACCAAAAAUCACCGGAUGACGAUAACUCACGUAGAGGGACGCAAAUGGGUGCUUCGAAUAAAAGAUGUCAAAGAGUCCGACAAAGGUUGGUACAUGUGCCAAGUUAAUACAGAUCCUAUGCGGAACCAGAUUGGAUUCUUAAACGUUGUUGUGCCGCCGAACAUCUUGGACUAUCCUACCAGCACGGAUAUGGUGGUUCGAGAGGGCAGCAACGUGACACUAAAAUGUGCUGCGUCCGGUUCACCGCAGCCGUCGAUUAUAUGGCGACGGGAGGGAAACGAACCGAUUAGUUCUGGAGCGUCCAGUUUAAACACGUCGGUAUUUUCAAUCGCCCGGGUUAAUCGAUUGAACAUGGGUGCCUAUCUUUGUAUCGCUUCCAACGGCAUACCGCCAUCGGUCAGCAAACGGGUGAUGCUUAUAGUGCACUUUCCUCCCAUGAUUUGGAUACAGGAUCAGCUAGUGGGUGCCGCGUUGGGCCAAAAAUUGACACUCGAGUGCAAUUCCGAAGCGUUUCCCAGAUCAAUCAACUACUGGAUGAAGAACGAAACAAUCAUAACGCAAGGCAAACGGUUCGAGCCAUCGACGCAUGAAGCCAGCAAUUACAAGGUGGUGAUGAAGCUGACGAUAAAAGAGGUGGACAUCAGUGAUUUUGGCACCUACAAAUGUGUGGUCAAAAACUCCCUCGGCGAGACUGACGGGUCAAUCAAAGUGUAUCAUAUUCCUUCGACUACAACAACACCUACCAGUCCGCCAACUACUACAACGCUACCUACCACAACAGAAGCUUUUUACCGCAAAAAUUAUAAAAAUAAAGUCUACCGACCCCUAGAUGAAUACUCGUCUUCAUCCAACAAAAUUCUUGUGGGCGAUAGUGGCGAGUUGUGGAAUAUAGAACUAUCAAAAGAUAAAGACCGCUACAGGGAAAAUUCCGCCGCCAAUCUCGAAGACCAACGUGAAAAGGAAGCUUUCGUUGAUAACGAGACCAAAUCGAGCACCAGCUCACGGCGGCACACGGAACUGAUGGACUUGAAUCUACUCUUCGCGUUGCUUAUGAUCUUUCACCUGAGGUGA